AUGAAACCCUCACAGGUUAGCCUGGAGUAUGUUCGUUACGAAAAGCAGCUGAAACCCAUGCAAGGCCAUCUUGAUAAGGCGCUGCAGCAAAUCUCCUCACGGGUAUUAGAAGCCCCGGUAGGCGUUAAAGGGGAUCUUAUUGAACUCAGUGUCCUUAAUGAUACCAAUGCGAAAGUGGCGCCAGUUUUCAAGAAAAGUCUGGCACUUAUGGACUUCUUAAAGGAAGAGGGGAUGAUUGAUGGAAAAGCCAAACUCGAGGCAUUCAAAUUCUCUGUCUCGCAGAAAUCUAGCAGCGGCGAGACAUCGCAGACGCCCAGCACUGAGAACAACUCUAUAGAAGGGUUUACCAGAGCCAUUAUACAGGACAAUACCGCUGGGGACAAUAUGAAAACUUUUACUGGUAAUAUUGGCUUUGACUCUGGCUAUAAAUCUUCAUAUACAGGCACUUCAACAUUCCUCCGUAAUAAGAUAGGUAAUGAUGGAGCUUUGUUUACUGGGGAUAUCGGAGGCCAGGCCGCUGUGGAAAUGAUGAAAGGCAUGUGGGGGGGUAAAUAG